AUGAAUUAUUUUAUCAAGCGAUCACGAUCGCUUGAUCUCAGUUUAAUUCCAAGGGAGAGUUAUCUCGGACGAUGGUCACGUGAGACCACACCAAGAGAUUCUCAACAACGUUAUGAGCGUAAUAUUCGACGGUCAUACACACCAGUGCGUGAAAUUGGCUCAUAUAAGGUAAUCGAAGAUAAUCGAUUACCACGUACGUCAUAUCGAGCACGCACUUCACUUGGUAUUAUCACCAUGCCUUAUCAUACCAAUAUCAACUACUAUCAGGAGCAGUUACCCAUACGGAAAUAUGAUGUUUUCAGCGUUCGCACAUGGUCAUAUCCCAUUUACAAGCAA